AUGGCGUCGAUGCAACGACCGAUUUCGAUGGAUUCUAUUGAUGUGGCAAAGUAUGGAUAAUCAGUUCAAUAAAUCUGAGAAUGAAAGAAGACCUAAAUCCAGAGGACGAGGAAGAGGUUUUCGUCAAAACAGAAAUUAUUCAAGAGGAGGAAAUGAAAGAAAAUUUCCUGCUAAUAGUAAUGCAUUUCAUAGAAAUUUAAAUGAUUCAGAAAGAAAUAGGUCUACAGUUGUUCAUGAUAAUGGGAAUAAAACAUCUGAAGAAAAUUUCAAUAGAAAAUUUGAGGAUGCAUGUGCUAAAAUUCAAGCAUCACUUCAGCGAUUUGUUAAUGUACCAGAAUUAGAAGAUUCGUCAGAAGAAGAAGAAGAAAUAGAAAAAGAUAGUAUUCUGAAAAAUGUUCUAGGAGCUUAUGGAGAUAGUACAAAAAAUGAUGAUUUGCAAAGAACACACCAGUUUCUGCUAGACACUUUGAAUGCUGGUGCUUGUAUUUGUCUUAUUUGUAUUGAAUCUGUAAAAAGGAGUGAAUCUGUUUGGUCUUGUAAAGGAUGUUUUUGCAUUUUUCAUUUACAUUGUGUUCAGAAAUGGUCUAAAGAUAGUAUAUAUCAUCAAACUAUAGCAUUUGAAAAUUAUUCAUUUCAGCCUAAAGAAUUAUUUUGGUGUUGUCCAAAAUGCAGAAAAGAGUACAGUAGGAAAGAACAACCUCAAGAUUAUUUUUGUUUUUGUGGAAAGAAAAAAAACCCAGAAGUUGAUUUAUGGCUCAUUCCUCAUUCUUGUGGACAAAAAUGCAAGAAAAAAUUAGAACCUCUAUGUGGUCAUGAAUGUUUGCUUCUUUGUCAUCCAGGUCCUUGUCCUCCAUGUCCUAAAACUGUGAAUGUGUCUUGCUUUUGUAAAAGGGAGAAACCAAAAAUUAGACGAUGUAGUGAUAAAAAUUGGUCAUGUGGAAAAAUCUGUGAUAAAUUACUUAGUUGUGGACAACAUAAAUGCAGCCAGUCAUGUCAUGGUGAUGAUUGUGAAACUUGCCCUCAUCAAAGUAACCAAAAAUGUAUGUGUGGUAAAGAAUUAUGUUUAAGACCAUGUGCAAGUCCUGAAUGGCAGUGCAACACAGUAAGUAGUUUACAAAAAAUGGCUCUUGCUAGGACUUAUCACACACUAUUGAGAAAUCCCUUAGAGAUAGAUGAACAUUAUUUAUUUGUAACCACAUGCUGUGAUGGAAAUUGUCCACCAUGUGAACAAUUAUGCGGACGCACAUUAAAUUGCAAAAAUCACAAAUGUAGUAGCCGAUGUCAUUUAGGUCCCUGCUAUCCUUGCCCAAAAAGGAUUGAUGUAACAUGUAAUUGUGGUUUUAGUAAAAUUGUUGUACCAUGUGGGAGACAGAAAACCACAAAACCUCCAAAAUGUAAACAGCUUUGCAAAGUGCCUCCUGCUUGUAACCAUGAAACUCGUGAUCCUCAUAGAUGUCAUUUUGGUAAUUGCCCUCAAUGUACACAGAUUUGCAACAAGGUUUUGGAACCUUGUAAACAUAUUUGUAAUUCUAGAUGUCAUAUGGCAGUGUUGACAUUAGUAACUCCUUCACAAAAAAGAGCUGGUCCUUGGGAACCAGCUCCAAUGCCCUAUACAGAAAUCCAAGAUCAACCUUGUCCUCCUUGUAUGGUUCCUAUUCCAGUUACAUGUUUAGGAGGUCAUGAGACACACAAUUUUCCAUGUUCUGAAGUUCGUCCUUGGUCUUGUGGUAGAAAGUGUGGACGUUUAUUGACAUGUAGUAACCAUACUUGUUUGCAAGAAUGUCAUAAAGUGGAAAAUCCUAAAAGUUCAUACGAGGCUGGAGAUAGUUGCCAAACAUGUGAAGAGCCUUGCAUGUUACCAAGACCUGAUGGCUGUACCCACCCUUGUAAAAAACCUUGUCAUCCUAGUCCCUGUUCAAUUUGUAAUCAACAUCUUCGACUUCGUUGCCAUUGUCAACUGAACUUUUUAUAUAUUGUUUGUUUUGAAUGGACUAGUGCUAAUGACCAAAGAAAAAUGGAAAUGUUAUCAUGUCAAAAUAGAUGCCCCAAAGAGUUGUCAUGUGGUCAUCGCUGUCCUCAAACUUGUCAUCCCAAUGAGUGCCCACCAAAUGAAGUAUGCAAGAAGAAAGUCACUGUUCGAUGUUCUUGCAAACGAAUCAAACGUGAAUAUUUAUGUAAUGUGGUUACAUCUAAUAAUAUCACAAUUGAAUGUGAUGAAGUAUGUAAGGAAUUACUGGAAAAGGAAAGGGCAGCAUUACUAGAAGAGGAAAAGAGAAGAAAAGAAGAGGAAGAGAAAAAACAACAAGAGGAAUUAGAAGAAUUUAAACGGAAAAUGGAGGGAAAGAAAAGAAGACCAAAGAAAGUAAAAGAAAUAGAAGACAAAGUUCCUUGGUGGAAAAAUCAUUGGAAGAAAAUAGUUAUAGUUUUAGGUGGAGUAGCAAUUAGUGUAUUUAUAACUCAUGUUAUAAAAUUUUCUAACUAAAAAUAGCACUAAGGAAAAACAUAGAUAUAAAACUCAAUUAAAAUUUAAUUAUGUUAAGUUUUAAAAGGAAAUUUACAAAAAUAUAGUUUGAAAAUAAGGUAACAUUAAUGGAACAAUAAAUUUUAAAUUUCAAUUUAUCUUAUUAUUUAAAAAGUGAUAUGUUAUCAUUUUAAAUCAAAUACAGUUUUAAAAAUAAAACAAAAAAUUUGUUUUUCAAAAAAAAUAUACUCUACUAAUCAACAUAUUUUACUUUAUAAUGUAUAUAAACAAUUUUUAAAUCAUGCACCAUAGGAGAAUAAGUAUCUUUCAUAUAUAAUCCAAUAACUUAAAUAUCUGCUGUAGAGAAAGAUAUUUUGUAUGUGAUAUAAUAUAACAAAUAUUGAUAUUCAUGUUAUCUAUAAAUCAAGUAAUCAAUCAAAUCUGAAUAUUUAUUUUAAACAAUUUUUAAUUCUGUGAAAAAUCCAUAUUACAUUUUUUACUAUAAUUCAAAUUUGAGGAAUUUAUUAUUUAAAAAAAUAAAAAGAUCAGUUAAUUGUAUAAUUGUUAGAAAAAAAUAGUUUCAAAUGUAUAAGGAAAGGAAUUAGAAAUUUAAUUUCUUUGAAAACAAUCUUAUUGCAAAUAAUCUUAUAAUGCAAAUAAUUUCUAUAGGAGCAUUUUUUAAUUAAAAAUCAGUUUUUAAAAUAUUU